AUGACCCCCUCCUCAGACAAAGAUCUCAACGGGCUAGAUAACUCCAGCUUUGUGGGUGAAGAUGGGAGCCAGUACUGCUCCUCACCAGAUCGUACUGCCUGGAGCCCAGAGGAAGGUGGGGGCACUGGCCACGGUGGCAUCCAGCUUGCCUACACUGUCACAGAUGUGCCUCCUUGGUAUCUGUGCAUCAUGCUGGGCAUUCAGCAUUUCCUGACAGCCAUGGGAGGUCUUGUAGCCAUCCCGCUGAUCCUUUCCAAAGACCUUUGCCUCCAGCACGACCUACUUACCCAGAGCCACCUGAUCAGCACCAUCUUCUUUGUCUCAGGAGUUUGCACCCUGCUGCAAGUCCUCUUUGGAGUCAGGUUGCCUAUUAUUCAAGGAGGGACUUUUGCAUUCCUGUCCCCCACCGUGGCAAUGCUGUCUCUCCCCAGUUGGAAGUGCCCUGCCUGGACGCAGAAUGCCACCCUGGUGAAUGCCUCUUCACCAGAAUUCAUCAAAGUCUGGCAGACACGGAUGCGAGAGGUGCAAGGAGCUAUCAUUGUAGCUUCCUGCUUUCAAAUUCUCAUUGGAUUUUCUGGCCUGAUCGGAUUUCUGAUGAGGUUCAUUGGCCCCCUGACAAUUGCCCCCACUAUCACCUUGGUUGCACUACCUCUCUUUGAGUCGGCUGGGGACCAGGCUGGGCAGCACUGGGGCAUAGCAUUCAUGACUAUUUUUUUCAUAGUUCUAUUCUCUCAGUACCUGAAAGAUGUUCCUGUGCCGCUGCCAUCUUACCAGAGAGGCAAGAAGUGCCACUUCUCUCCAGCCUACCUCUUCCAGAUCUUCCCGGUGCUGCUGGGGCUGUCCCUGAGCUGGCUGCUCUGCUACGUGCUGACAGUGACCAACGUCCUCCCUGUGGAGCGCACUGCCUACGGACACCUGGCCCGGACGGACACCCGUGGGGAUGUUUUGUCACAGGCUCCCUGGUUUCGGCUGCCUUACCCAGGCCAGUGGGGAAUGCCAACGGUCAGCCUGGCUGGGAUAUUUGGCAUCUUAGCCGGCGUGAUUUCCUCCAUGUUGGAGUCUGUGGGAGAUUACUAUGCCUGUGCCCGACUCUCCGGGGCCCCACCGCCGCCAGAGCACGCCGUCAGCCGCGGGAUUGGAGGCAUCGGCUGCCUUCUGGCUGGGGCCUGGGGAACAGGGAAUGGCACCACAUCGUACAGCGAGAAUGUGGGAGCCCUAGGCAUCACCAAGGUAGGGAGUCGAAUGGUGAUCAUUGCUGGUGCCUGUGCCAUGCUCCUGAGUGGCAUCUUUGGAAAAGUUGGGGCAAUGCUUGCCAGCAUACCCACCCCCGUGAUCGGAGGCAUGUUCCUCGUGAUGUUCGGAGUUAUCACGGCCGUGGGGAUUUCCAAUUUGCAGUACACAGAUAUGAACUCCUCAAGAAACAUCUUUAUCUUUGGAUUUUCUGUAUUUGCUGGGCUUGCAAUUCCCAACUGGGCAAGCAAAAACAGUACACUGCUGGAAACAGGAAUCAUCCAGCUGGACCAGGUGUUCCAGGUGAUUCUCACCACUGGCAUGUUUGUGGGUGGACUCCUGGGGUUUAUCCUUGAUAACACCAUUCCAGGAACACCAGAGGAGCGGGGCCUCCUGGCAUGGAAGCAGAGCCACAAGGGAGGGGCAGACAGCUCUCAGCUUGUUUCCAAGGUCUAUGAUCUUCCCUUUGGCAUAGGCACCAAAUACUGUGCUGUCUCUUGGUUUCGGUAUCUCCCUGCUUGCCCCAAAAGACUACCCAGCGAUGAGAGAAUGGAUGAACUGAAGGCUGUUGCUUAG